UUAUAUAAACCUUUACCUUUCCGGGACGGACCAAAUCAAAACCGAGACCGCCUCUUUAUUGAAAAAGAAAAAAGCAGAGCGCCGUUUCCGUUGGCCCUGAAUCUUGAUGGGUUUCCUCUAUUUCGCCAUUAACGGCCACCGCUGCUCUCAAAUCCUCCAUUUCUUCACCGGAAUCUUCCGUCGAUUGAAGCACCUGGGGGUGUAUUUGGGUGUGCUGAAGCCGCCGCCGCAGCAACCGGAGGACGCCGACGAUCGUGUUGACCGGCCGACGAGUUACGUUUUCGUGACGGAAGGGCUGUGCCCGUCGCUGGUGACGGUUCCGGCGACCGAUCUCCAGGCGAGGAUCAAGAAGAGCCUUCCGAUUGUGGAGUUUGGGGACUUUGCAGCGAAAGGGGAACUGAAAUUUUGGGAAGAUUGGGAAGAAGAAGAAGAAGAAGAGGAGAAGGGAAGGUGUACGAUCUGCUUGAGUAAAAUGGAGAAAUCGGAGAAGAUGAGAGAGCUCUCCAAUUGCUGCCAUGUCUUCCACAAGGAGUGUUUGGAUACGUGGAUAGACGAAUUCCAGAUUACUUGCCCUAUUUGUAGAUCCAUGCUUUUGCCCGCCGGAGAAGGCGACGGCCUCCGCUAUUUCCGUUGAUUCUCAGAUUCCGCCGCCGGAAAUCCUACCGCCUCGCUCUCGCCCUCGGCUUGCUCUCAAGAAAUUGUAUUUCGAUGUUUCUAUUUUU